UAAAAACAAUACAUAUCAGUACUUGCUUUAAUUUCCGUAUUUUCUCUCAAUGUUUCUAAUUAUAUUGCACUUAUAUAUAUAUGUCUAUAUAUCUACAUAUUGUAUAUGCCUUCCCGGUCGCUUUCAUAAAUAAUCGGCAGAAAGGAAACAACAAUUCGAUUAUUGCUUGCGCUCGUGUUACUAAUCGAAGGAAAAAAUUAAUAUACUCCUAUCCUUGGUUGAGGGAUACAAAGAUUAUAUAAAGGCUAAAGCAAAAAUCAAACUUUAGUUAUUCGUAUAGAAAUAUCGAAACAAUGCGAACAAUGGCUAUAAUAAUUGCACAAAAAUAAUCUAAACAAAAUUACGUUAACGCAUGAAGCGCAAUAAUUUUUUUAAUAUUUAGCGUGAAAAUUUAGUAACAGUGGCGCUGGUGAUUGAAAUAGUUUAACAAUAUUAAUAUUAGUUCUGAGAAAGCUGGGUAAAUGUUGAAAUCAUGUUUUUUUAAUCGGUCGGCAGACCGACAUUCCGUUGUGACUAACAAAGUGAAUCAAAGAAUAAACAGCACGAAUCAAGAGCAAUGUCCACCGUGAUCGGUAUCUUAGUGUUAAAUUAAUUGUGUCGCCUUGCGUGGGAUGACCACACCUUGGCACUCGCUUGGCCAACACUCGUGAAUGAAUUCCGUUCGUAUUCCGUAUUGCUACAUUGCCUAAAGUGCUAUUAUAUUUCUUUCUUGAGCACGUUAGAAAACAACAUCGAACAUAAAACACAUUAGAAACAAUUUUCUCGUACAGUUUUAACGACUUGAGGACUGGGAGAGUAAAAAAUCGAAAGAACAAAUCGUCGUCCCCCUUUUAUAAAAAGAAUAUACGCAUAAGUUUUAUAUAAUAUUUUUCAUUGCAGGCCUUACGCAAAAGAAAAGGUAAAGCCGGAAUACUCCGAUCAAGUAAACGCAACAUUCACGAGCGUUGCCUUUCAUCAAUAUGCUGCACGUAUGUUGCCUAAUAGUAGAAGUUUUCAAUACACAGCAGACAAAGCUUUAUGCGAAAAUGUUAGGAAAAGAUCGAAACUUCUUUUUGUACUUCUUAAUUAUAAAAAUUAUAUUAAUGAACAUAGGAGACCAAAUGGCAAAUGGAUUGAAAGUAACGGCAAAACUCAUCUCCAUACACAGCUAUCCAGUAGAGGAGCAUACAGUGCAAACCGACGACGAUUACAUAUUAACUGUGUAUCGAAUCCCGGAUUCACCGAAAUUGAAAAACGUGAACAGUAGCUAUGAGAAACCAGUAGUCUUUUUCCAACACGGUAUCCUAUGUUCCUCAGAUGAUUGGAUUUUAUCGGAAAGCUCUAGUCUAGCGUUUAUGUUAGUUGACAUGGGUUAUGAUGUAUGGCUGGGUAAUGCGCGUGGUAAUACUUACUCACGUCAGCAUAAACACAAGCAUCCAGACUCUUCGGAUUUUUGGAAUUUUAGUUGGCAUGAAAUAGGUAUUUAUGAUUUGGCUGCAAUGUUGGAUUAUGCAUUAGAUGAGACCAAAGCAAGUUCAGUGCACUUCGUGGCGCAUUCUCAGGGUACAACUACAUUUUUUGUACUUAUGUCUACGAUGCCCUGGUAUAAUGAAAAAGUGCGUACAGUCCACUUGCUCGCACCUGUUGCAUUUCUGAAAGAUCACUCCUUUAUAUUAUCCAAAGUGGGAGGCUUGUUUCUGACCACCGUAGACUUCUUGGGCUAUCCCUCUUUUCUUAGUAUGAUGCUGGGCGGUUUUGAAUUAUUGCCAGCCAGCAGUGCGCAAAGGCUUUUUUGUGACUACAUCUGUUCGGAGAACUCAAGCUUACGAUUCCUGUGUUCGAGUAUAUUGCAUUUCAUCGGAGGCUGGGGUACACGGCAUUUAAAUCAAACUUUGCUGCCGCAUGUAUGCGAAACUCAUCCAGCUGGAGCUUCAACAACGCAAAUUAUACAUUAUCUGCAGCUAUAUAGUUCGGGCGACUUUAAACAAUACGAUUAUGGUAUAGACAUCAAUCUCAAGAAAUACAAUCAAGAAACACCACCUCACUAUGAGCUCAAAAAUAUCAAAACCUGUGUUGAUAUGUACUAUAGCGAUAACGAUUACAUGUCGGCAGUAAAAGACGUCGAAUAUUUGGCGCGUCUCCUGCCCUGUGCAAGACUGUUUCGUAUUCCAUACAACGACUGGAAUCAUUAUGAUUUUCUUUGGUCAGUCAAUGUAAAGGAAAUUAUAAAUAAACGUAUUAUCGAAAAAAUCGAACGAUACGAGGAAACACAUGAUCACAUAAAGAACACAUGACAGCUACGAGAGCUAUAAAGAAAUUCAACAAAUAGUUCAACCAUAUCGUCGUGAUACUGCUAUAAGCAAAAAAUUUGCAAAUUUUUAGGAAAUUCAAAGAGAUUUUUAGGCAAUUUAUUUAUUUAUACU